AUGCUAGAAAAGCAGCUUUCCGUGUUGCUUGCGACAUACCUCAAUCGAUUUAUAUGCGACCUCAAUGAGGAGCAGCUGCGCGUCUCCCUCUGGUCCGGAGAACUGGUGCUGCGGGACCUGGAGCUGCGAACGAACAUUGUCGACCAGAUAGCCCUCUCCCUCUUUAAGGGUCGACAGGAGGUCGGAAGUCGCGAGGAGGCGGAGGACGGUGAUGCCGCAAGGGCAGCGGCGCAGGCGCUUAUGACGCCUUUUACCGUUGUCAAGGGAGUGGUGAAGGAGCUGAAGAUUCGUGUUCCGUGGUCAGCCGUUGAUCGUGAACCUAUCAGUGUGGAGGUUAUUGGGGUGGAGAUUGUAUUUGGUCUUUUGCGUGCCAGGCCGCACAACGCCGAGGAGGAUGCCGCCCGCGUCAUGGUGGUGAAGCAGAAACAGUUAAACAUGUUUGAAAUAGGCAGGCUAGGUAGCCGACCUGAUGAGGGUUAUGGAGUGGGGAGGGGUGUCCCACCUAAGCUCAGCACUGGGGCCGGAAGUACAAAAAAACUCUCCUACGUUGAACAGCUCACAGAGACUAUCAAAAGGAACGUUCAUGUAGUGUUGCGGGAUGUGUCCUUAAAGUAUGUCGUGGACUAUCAUGGCCUUGCCCCAUGCUUUACGUGUGCACUUCAUGUGACGUUGGACAGCGUGUACGUCACCACCACGGAUGAGGGGUGGGAGGAUCGCUUCAUCAUGGAUCUAUCCAUGCGUUACUCCAAGAAGGUGGUCAUGGGUGGGCUACGGGUAUCUCUUCAUGCCGUAAAGCAGCAACACUCUGCGGAGGGGGAGAACCAGAAUAAUGAAAUGCCAAACUGGCAGAAGAAGAUGAACAUUGUUAAGGCGGAGGAACUCACAGUGCUGCUACGCUUGUCCAAAGACAGCGAUGAUGAGGAUGUUGUCAUGGAUGAUGUGAAGCAAACUGUGAUUUAUGUGAUUGCGACAACUCCUAUUCAGCUUCAAAUAUCUUUUGGAGUCGUUGGCUUUUUUGCGAUCAUUAAUGACUCAAUCAGAAAUGGUUUGGUGGGGCUGAACUAUAGGCAACACCUUCAUCUUCUUAACAAAGGUAACGAGGGGGCACUCACAUGGCCUCAACGACGCUGGAAAUUUGCACUUUUUUCUGUCAUGGACGACGUCAGAAGAUCCAAAAACAAGGCAAAAGGGCACCAGCGUUUUAUCGAAGGUGUUGUACUUUUUGGCAGGCGCAGAAGGGAGUAUUGCGCACUAUGGAAGCGAAGCCAGAGAGUGGCAUGGCUUCCACCUCUUACACAGGAGGAAACGAGUAAUCUACAUGCUUUGGAAGAGCUCCUCACAGUAGAACAACUUGUGUUUUUACGCUGCCUGGCGUACGCUGAACUAAGUACGGAAAGGCAGUCUCUGUGGCGACAGAAGUUACUCAUUGAAGAGGUAAGGAAGAGAAAACAAGUCGGCAACGAGGACAUUGGAUCGGGUGGUAGUCGAUGGUGGCAAUGGCUCGGGCGACGUCAAGCCAUUGGCAGCAGCGCCGCUUUAGAUGAAGCGAGGGAACAUAAAUUUGUGGCAGGUGGUGGCAUUGAGGCGGAAUGGGCUUUUGGUCACAAAUUUCUUCAGCACAUUGCAACAAGACGUGUGGGGACCUCCUUGACAACAUCAUCAUCAGCAGUAGCAACAACAACAAAAUCCACCAUGACAUCCACAAAUUCGAUUCUCAUUGUAGUGAGGUUUCCGAUUGUAGAUCUAGAAAUUGAGCCCGAUAUCUGGAGGAGCGAUAUGACUGAAAAGAAACCUCUGCUGUCGUACCUGGCAAAUCUGCAACAACGUCUAAAGUUUUGUUUCAAUUCUGUUAAGUGUAACUACACUAUAGGUGCAGCUCCCCAAGGAGAUCGUGCUGGAUUUAGUCUGGCGAUUGAAAAUGUCUCUGGGAGCUUCACUGGAUCCUUGCCUUCCGUUGUGCUGGAGACACACAACACUCAUGAGGAAAAGAAAGAAAGUGAGGAGGACUCUGGUGGUCAAAAUGUGUGUGUGUGUGAACCUUGGAUGUCCAUUUAUGUUAACGAAACGCAUACCCGGGUGAGCGGUUUCAUCGCCAACACCUCGCUAACUCUCCAACCACUAUGUGAAUUGCAGUGGUGGGUGUCCGGUGUUAAAGAAUUUCUGGCAGUACUUCCGGAAUACACAAAGCAAGACUUUAGCUCUUUUUGUGAGUCCACUAAGUCGCGUUGCCUUUCUCCAUCUCUGCCUACAAUGGAGAUCCACGUUGCGGGAAUUAUUCUAACCAUGCCUUUGUAUGUUGAAGGUGACACCGAAAGAAAAUUGAUCCUUCGCGCUCCCGACGUUCAUAUAAUAACCCUCUACGAGGAGGAGGAAGGAGAAGAGGAGGCUGAAAGGCAGAAUGAGCAACAGCUUCCCAUGCAAGAGCCUGCUCUUACCAUGAACUGGCGUUUCUCCAUGAGUAGGAAAGAGCCAAUUUGUAUUUCUUGUGAAGAUAUUGGUGAUGUGGUGCUGUUAUCGUUUGCAGAGGUGGAGGUGGUGUUUGGUAGGCAGUUGAGUGUCUUUGUGAAGACGCGUGCCAAAGCAACACUUGUUCCCACGGUGCUUGGACUUUUACAUGAUCACAUGGAAUGCCUGGAAGUUGCACAGGGCGAUGUUGGAGAGGCUCUCUUCUGUGAAGUCAUGAACAAUAACGGGAAGUGGCGUCUAGAGUCCUCCACAGCGCUCAAUGUUGGAGGAACUGUCAUGACGAUUCCAGCGGCUCAAUGCCGCCGUUUUCUCCGUCUGUUGUACCGAUCGGCCGCUACGCUGGACGCGGACCACAAAAAAAGGAUGGCGCCACCUGCUGUCAACGCUACUCUGCCACUGUUGCACCGUGUAUUUCUAGGUAUUGACUUUGCUCAUUUAACGCUGCGUAACUCGAACAACGAUGAUGUGGUUGAGAUUGAACUCUCAGGUGUGGAAUCUUCAACGUAUGAAGCCGGCCCUUUAAUUCCAUCGUCUUUUUCACAAGACGCAUUUGUACUAGAUAUGACAUCAUCUGGCACAAAGGGGUACGACAUACUGCUUUGCCUACCAGAUUUGCAUGUCACAUCUCCCUCAGGCCAACAUGUACUUGUGCUGGAGGGUCUAACAGCCACGUAUAGCGUCUCCUCCCCUUUACUUUCCUUGGAAGCGGGGGUGCUGGACGUACGUAUUUGUCCUUCUCUUGUUGAUUGUAUGGAGGUAUUGAUGCUGUCAUCUGCGCUAUUGCAACCUCCUACGUCCUCAGCUUUGGUGAGGCUUCCUGGUUUGGAGGAAGUCGCAGGCGUGACUGUUGUUUUGUCAGACGCUACGGCACACACUGAAAGGGUCAUGGAAACGGCUCUAAAACGAUUGAAUGUUCGCAUUCAGUUCCAAUGGACGGAAGAGUGCGUCGCCGUGCACCUUAAUGACUUGUUACUCCGUGCCAGCAGCGCGUCUGGUGGGAAAACGUUAAACCUGCGCGGGACUCUUGAUAGAGCUGAGUAUAUUACAGACAACGGGGAGGAGGUAAAAUCAUUUGUGCUGCUUGCGCCCAGCACCGGUCUUAAGAAGAACGUUGAUGCCACUUUUUUCACCUGUACUCUGGAGAGUAGGACAGAUGGAGGCGCUGGCGCUGGUCGAAGUUUUGUGUCGUUCCAGACGAGGGGCGGCAGUGUGGGGGUGUUUUAUGCGUAUUGGAUGCGACUGCUCUCCAUGCAGGAUGAUCCCGCCGUCGUCCGCCUGUUGAAUUUGUUUGGAUCCGAUAAGCGCGAGCGCGGCUGCUCUAGCGCCCGUGAGGAAAUGCCACAAAAAUCGACACCGGCUAGCGUUGCGCAGGAUGCCUCUGGUGUGAUCAUCAUCUCAGGGGAGGUGAGUGCGUUGGAACUGCUGCUCGCGACGGACGCCGCAGAGGAAGUGGAUUUGCUGAACGAGGAGACGUACAUCCCCUUUUUUGUGGGUACGCUUACUUUCAGGGCAGAGGUGUCGGGAGGCACUGAAGGCCGUGGUGACGGCUGUCAAGCUGCAUCUGCACCGCCAUCGUUGUUUAGGGGACAACUGACGCUGUCUAACAUGACUUACCUCUCCCAUAGUGAGGGCAAAGGUGUGUGGUCUCCACUCAUCACACAGGCGUCAUUACUUUUGGAGAACUACACACAAUUGGUGCCAAACGCAGAAACAAACGGAUACGAGUACGUCAAGGGUGGGAGUGGCGAAAUGGCGCUUCACUUGUUGAUUGGCUCGUCCGACUACAACGGCGACACAGAUGUGGCGAUGGAUGUCAAGCUUACCUUGCCCUGGCUGAACACCCUUCUUCGGGCACUUUCUUCCAACCUUCUCAAUGCGUUUCCUUUGGCCAACGGUGUGCAGGGGAACGAUGUGACCGUGCUGACACCAGUGACUGAGACAAUGGUGAGCACGAAGGUCCCAUCGUCGUCGCCGACGUCGCUCUCAUUCCUUGUCACCGUAUCCUCAGUAUGUCUUGUUCUCAUGAAGGAACCGGAUAUAUUUGCCCUGCGUGCUCAGCUUCAAUUUUAUUCCUUUAAUGGUGUUUGGGGGUUUGGAGGUGAGAAAACCUCAGUGCAGUUGUUUCAUAUAAAUAAGCUUACUAUAGAUGAUAUCAGUCCUAACCGCCGCAUCAUGAGGCAUGAUAUCCCUAAAUGGCAACAGCAGCAGCGUGGUAUCACACGAGAGUCUUGCAUGGGUCGAGAAAAGCGAAUGCUCGAAGUGGAGAGUGGAUGCAUCUCUACGCCAAAGCCACAAACAAAUAUGGAGAGCACGACGUUGUCGCGUAAAACUGAUUUGGUGUUUGACGAGGUACAUGUUUACACGGCUCGAUCUUCUUGGACCACGCUUGUCGGCAUGCUGUUGUUUGAUCUCUCUGCAGGGGCAUGGACCGCAGCAAAAAACGAUGCCCCUAAAGUCAACAGCGACGUGGCAGCGAACUCCUCUUUGCUGGCUUUGACUGUUCACCAACUUAAUGUGCACUUAGAGCUACCGUGGGAAGAACCUUUGGCACAACUAUCCGCCUGUUCCGUGAGAAUGCAGCUUCAUCGGUGCGAUGGGAAGGAAACCCUGGAGUUUCGUUCGGAUGAACCCAUCUCUCUCACUCCACGCUUUGAACACGCAGCAGAAGUGAAUAUACUGGAUUGGGGGGAUACACGUAAAGAAGCAGUGCAAAGUAGUGCACCAAGACCGUUUCUCCACAUCCUUGUGACACAAUCGCAGAAUAAUCAAAGGAAGUAUGAGUUUGACACCUUGUAUGAAGAGAAGCCGCAGGUUAGUUGCUCUAAUAGGGUGGAAGUAGUUCUUCAGUCCAUGAAACUCAUAGCAGAUAUGAAUUUCAUAACCCGUUUAUCGCGUUUUGCUUUGGAUGAGGUGGAUGCAUACAGUUCCCUUCUUCAGGCUUCAAAGCCUCUAAGGGUGAUGCCCUCUAUGUCCCUGACAAUGAUGGAUAUUUCCGUGAAGGAUUUCCAGGUACUUUUGCCAACAAUGGAAGCAGUACAAGCGCCAAGGUGGCGGCUCACGGUGGAGGAAGUAAAAUUGACAAACAAGUGUGUUGAAGUAACUCUUGACAGCAACUCUCCUGCAGAACGAGGAAGCAGAAAUUGCUUCGCUAAUGCCUAUACUAUGAACCUGUGUGGGGUGUUCCUUCUCUGUGAAGGGCUUUACCCUUUGCGCUUUCCCAACACUGUUGCAUGUGCGCAGCUCCCCAUGCCGCAGAGUACGUUUACUGAGUGGCGUUCAACCCGAUCUGUCACCCCCGACGAUUGUGUGCAAACGCACUCCACAUUCGUUAUUGUUUCGCCGGCGUCAUUGAAUGAUGCUCAGCUGAGGGUAUCAUUUUGUAGGCGCAUUCACAUUCAAAUGGAGGAAGGUGCCUGCCUUUCAAUCUCUGCACUGCAUGUGCGGGAUGCGUUGCGUGUGCUGCCACCACGAGCGUCGUCUGAGGAAGUGCCGCCGUACUACGCUACACCGGUUGAAGUACCCCAUGUCUCUGUUUGUGUGACGUCUUUUGCCUUGGUUAAUAUGCCACGGUUUUCCAUUUUAUUGACGGAGAAUGGCCAUGUCAAGGCAGAAGCGAACGUGGGCAACGGAGGGGAAAAGGGCGUAAACGAAGCUGAUCUCACCACCGCCAACCUUGCAAAACUCUGCUUUCUUGGAACUGUGACACUCUCCGCAUCCUUUGACUCAUGUGAGGAGACCGUUACGCAAGUACAGUUUGCCAUACACGGGUCAUUUGAGCUUUUGGAUGGCAAUGGUGUUGUUGUCUUGUUUCGCCGUGGGGAUGAAAACUUAAAUGAGGGAAAGCAACUGCCUUCUUGUCGUUUCCCUGAGCAUUAUGACGCCGGACUCUGCGUUGACGUGACGGACAGCCCAACGGAACGCCGAAUGUGUCUGGAAUCACAUGGAAUCAUCGUCACACUUCAGCCUCAUACUGUGGAUUUUGUGCUUCGUAUGCAUAACUUUAUUGCUCUCAUGCAUCGUGAGGGUUUUUUUGCGAUGGAACGCAAAAACAAUGCGAACAAGAGGCGGAUCAAUGAUGCCGACGACACGGAUGUAACACAACUUUCUUUUUCUUCGACCAAAAGACAAACUGUAUUGACUAUUCAUGUGGCUCUCCUUUCAUUGACAGUGGAGCGUACAGCCCUAAUGGAGGCUCGAAAUGUGAAUGCACGUUUGAGCUGGAGGGAUGGUGAUUCGACCUUGGUAGAUGCCUCAAUUCCCUACAAGGUUACCAUUGGGGACCUCGUGCUGCGAAACAUGGAUAGUACUUACGCGUUUAUGUUCCUCUCAUCUCUUGAAGUAUCCCUCGGAGUUGGAGAAGUGAACCUUCGAGCAAAUCCACUUGUUAUAAACAACUACGACAUGUUGUUUUACGCAGAUCUUUGGAGGAGUGUCGAGGCACUUUACCACUAUGUUCUUCAGAACGUCACCUUCUCAAAGAAAAACGAGGAUGGAUUUAAGCAGUCUGUGAUGGUGACUCUGACCGAUGUGCGUGUGUGCUUCUUUCUCUCUCGACAGCCUCUUGUCUGCGAAGCGACUGACGGCAGGAUGGAAAUUGUGUUCCCUGUCGUGGUUUUAAAGCAAAAGGCAAGCACAACAGGGCGAAGCUUGACUUUUGAGACGGAAAAUGGUGUCAUACGAUACCGCCGUCCAGAGGGUCUAUUACCGCCUUUUGUGAAAAAUCUGUCCUUAUCUUGUUUUGUGGAAAACAGUCUUGUAACUCAGUCUCGGUCCAACGUUAUACGUCUAAGUGGCAUAGAGGCCUUUAUUCCGUUUGGUGACACGUUGCAAUGCUGUGUGGAAGCCGUCGCACAGGCGUUUCUGCCUCUUCUCUCCGUUUCUGCUAUGACACGCCGUAACUUGGACGUUGGUCCGCCUUCCACGGCUGAGGUGCCAGCAACCCCACUGAGUUGCGACAAGUUUGUCUUUACGGUUCCUUUGGUGUCAUUGAAUGUUUGUGCCUCUCAGUCAGAAGAUGAGGCGUUGGUAGGAAAGGCCGCCGUCUUAUUCGGUGUCACUUUUCAUAACAUAAUAUGUGAGCAGAGCCGCACCGGUGUGAAUGAGAAGACCCUUAUCCAGGCUCUUUCCGUCACAAGCAGUGUAAGUGCUGCCUUUCAGAAGGAAUUUGUCAGUGCUACGGCGCCGAGUGGGGCGCUUGACGAGCCAUCCAAGUGGGCCGUGUAUUUCUGCAAGGAGAUUUCUGUGAGUGAGGCAACAGUGCCAUCGUCUUUGUCCCACACAGAUGGAGGCGGAGGCGGGGAAGAUUCACUGCAUGAACAACUGCCAACACGUCUCGUAAGUAUUAUUGCCCGUGCUCAUGCAGUGAAGCUUACUGUUUCACCGAAGCUUCUAAGUACUCUAAAUGAACACUUUCUUUUACAUGUUUGGUCGGGUGUUUAUCGCACGCGAAGUGUAACCGCAUCAUGUUUUUCGUCGCUUUCUGUGAGGGAUGCUGGUGCUUCGUUGCAUUGCAGCUCUGUUGAUGGCACCAGUGAUCAGCUCCUCACCAUUAAAAGUGAUUGCUGUCUGAGCUCCGAUCUCACACUGGGUGGGAGACGUGGGACAUUACUCCGAUUUUCAAAAGAGCCUGGUGAAAGUAAUCCAUCCAAUAAGAUAACUGUUAAGGGGGUUAAUCAUGCAAAGGUGUUUGUGUCCAUGGUCGUGGGUCCUGAUGGCACCUUAAAGCCACCUAUUGUGGUGGAUCCGGGUCUCACAGUCGUGAUUGAGGGGGUGCCAUUUGUCACAGAAGACGGGGAUGUGAUGGACUACGUUGAAUUGGGUGCGCGUUCGCUUCUGGUGGUACCUACCGAACUGCUUCCCGUCGCCGUCCCUGGAAGUCCAUGCCGUUCACUGGCUACUUCCGCCAAUGUUUCCUUAAAUGCCGCACGGUGGUAUAGUCUGGAGGUGACGAUUGAUGCAUUAACCGAUGUUGCGUUGAGCCUGUGGUCAGAGCAUCAAUCGAUUGAGGUCUCCAGUGAGGCGUACGUGCGGUACAAACUAGCGAAGAACUGUUAUGAAGGCAACCGCGGUGUACGAGACUUCAUAGAUGAGUCUGGCGAGGUGGCGCUGUUAAAUGUAUCAAUAUUAUGCGACAGUGGCUUCAUCACCAAGGACCCUACAGGCUUGAUGGUUCACGUAAAACACCAUAAACUGAAGGAAGACCACACAAAUGCUGGCAUGACAGUGGUGCGAGCGAUAGUGUCGAACACCAGUUUCACACUUUCGGUAGGGAACCUCCGACUCCUUUAUGACACUGUCAAUGAGCUACGACAGGGUUUGAAUCAGAUAGGAUCUACCAAGGCAAUGGUCACCACCUUGACACCGACACACCACAGGGGCGAGGAACAGAACAGGAGGUUUGUCACGAGGGGGAAGGUGUGUACUGGCGGUGUGGAUCAUUCCUCUCAUGCUGAAGCACCCUUGUUGUGGUCACGCGAUGGGGAAGUAACACCAUUGAUAGACUUUGCUGCAUCUGCAGCGUGGAUUGAAGUUAUUUUAACAAGUGACUUCUAUAGACCGGAGGUAGCCGUUGCUCUUAGCAAUUCCGCUCUCAUGGCAAAGGGAAAUCGUAGCUUGAAUCGCAUGAAGUGGACGGCCUCAAGCAUGGUACGUGUUACGGACUACCCACAGCUGCAGCCUCCACGUGAUGUUCUUCUUGUCUCACCUGAAGUAGCGGUGGAGUACACACGGCACACCGGUGGCGGGUUUUCUCUUCAAGGAGCCUUGACAUGUCUUGAACUCUCUUUGACGCUGCCGUUAGUGACGGUGUUGCGUCUUCUUCGCUUUCGUUUUGACUUGCAACGCACUGGGGCCUACUCGUUUCUCAACUGUACCGGCGUUCCGCUCCUCCUUUUGGCGGUGACUAAAGUGAACAAGAAGGGUUUGAAGCCACGAACGCAGUUCUGCCGUCUGCCUCCUGGUAAGCUUGUCAAGGCACGCCUCUUUCACUACAGCCAAACACUAUUUCGUGUCGUCGCCGAUGACAGGGAACAAAUUGAAGAGUACGAUGAAAAUCUCAAUAUGUUUGGUACUGAAGUGAACUUAUCGGCGCUGCGGCGUGGGGCAACAUACCGUUUUCCACUUACUGAACCUUCUGUAGGUGUCUUGGAUGUCGUGAUGCGUCUGGAUGAAAUGGAGCGCAUUGUUAACCUCACCACAUCAGUCGCGAUAAGGAACGAGCUUUCCACACACAUUGUAUGCUUGCCUGGGACCCCCUCUGAUUCCUGCAGGGUCCAGCCAAAAGAAACACGUUACGCACCCCUUCCGUGCCUCCGUCAUCCAUUCUCAUUAAUCGUUGGGGAAUGGCGAUUUAAAUCAAAGAACGCACUUGUUACCUUGGAGGGUUUGAUCAGCGCAUUUACACUUUUCUCAUCUGGGCAGAAGGGUUUGUCGGCAGAUGCGAUGAAGAGUGUCGUUGUUGUUGCUUCUAGACGCGCAUACAUGCAGGGAGAUGACACACUUGUGAUCCCAUUAACUCUCGAAAAGGAACACCUGGAUGAACGUUUGGCUGAAACGGAUGAGAAGCACAGGGAGGAGAUGCGUGUUUUCUUGGUGCUAACGCGGAGGGUUGCAUUGGAGAGUGAACCCCGAACUUCACGCCUUCUGUCCCGUUAUGAAGUGGAAUUGCGUGUCUGUCCAAUGGUGACUGUCGUUAAUGAGACGGGGGCCGUGCUUGCCGUGAAUGUGGUAUCCUCCUCCUCCUCCUCCUCCGCUUCAGAUGCGGCUACACAUACACGAACGUUUGUGCGUGAAGAAGAGGAGUUCAACUGCUUUUCCAAGAGUCUUGAAGGGGAAAGCUUCAGCAUGAAUUUAACCUGUGAGUUUGCGGAUGGUGUGCAGUUCUCCUCUGUUGAACCCCUGCCUUUAACUUUCACAGGAACAACGACGGUGGCCAUAAAGGAUUCGGUUGGUGAGAAAAUGGUCACCCUUUUGGUGGAGCAUGCGAUACACAGUAAAUUUAUUGUGCGUGCUGCAGCUAUCUUGAUAAAUGCGUUGCCUUUUCCUGUACGAGUAUAUGACGAGUCGGAUGCAUUGGUGCCGGGGCAGAACGAUGUGGAGGGUCUCCCCUCAGGACAUAAAUUACCUUUGACACUUCCAGCUCUUAGAGAGCAGCUCCGGAGGCCUGAUGCUGCGGUUGUGGUAAAAAUUGUGGCGGGUGGUCCUAAUGCGACCUGCUCGCAACUGUUUACUUGCAACGUCCUAACCGUUUCAGGUAUGCUUCAAAGUGUGGACGGAGAUGUGGUUCGCAUCUUUAGAGUGCAACGCGUGGGAGGAAUUAAAAAGGUGUUCAGCCCCACUCCAAUGAUCCGUCUAGAACCUAUGUGGGUGUUCCGCAAUCAGAGCCACGCCUUCUUCUUAACGGUGCGCUCUGUGGGAAUGACAGAGACCUUGAUCAUUGAACCACGGACAACGAAGGAGUGGACGACCUUUGCCGUGGCAUCCGCGUCGGAUCCACUGAUGCAGAUACGUUACGGUGGAAACGAGGAGGAGCUCUUUAUGUGGUCUGAGCCUCUCAAACUGGCCACCCUUUCUGGCGCCAAUGUGCCCAUCACCGUGAGACAUCAGCUGUAUGAGAAAGUGACAGAAAUGGAGGAGAUGGUGUUGCCACCAUCCGUUGUAGGGGCAGGCGUGGCUGUCUACACGAGCAUGCGGACUCCAAUGAUGGUGGGGGAAUCAUUGAAGUGUGAACGUUUUGCAUGUCUUUCCAUCACCCCUUGGAGGAAAAAUGGGAUCUUUUAUGUUGAUUUUUCCUUGGAUGGGAAUGUUCCAGUAGUUGUAGAAAAUCGUACUGGACGCUCACUACAAUAUGAACAUGUGCGAAAGAUGUCUUCAGCUUUGCAGCAAGUUGCACGUGCCUACGUUAUCCCGCCCUUUACGGAUGGUGUAACCUGCUUUGAUAGUGAUGGCACCGCCCACGUCAUGCGACUUACCCUGUUUGGUGGGGAUAGGCCUCCCCAGCAGUGCAUCGUUGAUUUGGCGAAGGCCGCUGUCACACGUGAGGCUGUAACGGCGUCUCCAGGGAUGUUUGUUCUAUGCACGUAUGACCACAGCAUUCGACGCUACUAUAUUUCAGUUACAGCGGACCGUUCCCUUGAAAGCAGGCUUUUAUUUCAACCUCGGUAUGUCAUUCAUGUGGAGACGUUUAUUCAUACCCUCUCACUGUAUGUCGCCUCGAUAUGUGUUCCAAAGGAUGAACCCGUCGUACAAACAUCACCACUGGCGGUGCUCGUGACGAGGAAUCAACUUCGCUUGGGCCGAGGCAUCACUAAUGAGGCGUUCACUAACGCUGAAGUACUCGCCGCACUGAAGCGUUGUGAGCUUGACGUCAUCCUCAUUCAAGCUCUUGGAAUCUACGGUGUUUUUUCUGCGAAUGAAAAACAUUAUUUUGGCCGUUUAGAUAUUGGACGCCUGACGUUUAUUGACUGUACGAACCCCCGACCAGCGUACCCUGUAAUCGUGGAUUUAAACAGCGAAGUGACGCGUGUUAGCGUGUCUGAUACCAAGGCAGUCAAGCCCUGCUUGUCGGUGAAGAUGCACGCUCUUGCUCCGGGGGAUUCCACUGCAUCGACGAUGAGCCAUGCGCCUGGAAAGGAUGUUACCAUUCUGCUGCAGCACCUCUCUCUUGAUGUGGCUCCAGUGACAGUGAAACUGACUGAUUCCUUACUCUUUGUUCUGCGUCAGGUUGGCGUCUGUGUAUGGGAAGCGGUUCAGCAAACUGUGCCUACUCGCACAGUUCAAGAACAGGAUGUGGGAGACGGCAAUGAGGUUAGUAGCCCUACAUCACCUUCCACGAUUGAGGUUAUUCCUAUUUAUAACUGCUUUAUUGCACACUUGCAUGUUUCACGCAUUGAUUUGGAUCUUACUCUCACACGCCGUAGUGAUGGAAAGUUUGAUCCUUUUGUGGGUAUACCUCUUGGUCGUCGGUUUAUACCAUCUGUAGAGCGGGCUCCUUUGAGCAUCAGUGGUGUGGAUAGAAUGGAUGUGAGUCAGCGUGGAAGUUCACCAUGUGGUGCAUUAUUGGAGCUACUAUGGCCCUCGUAUAGAAACCAGCUGUUAUUUCAGUUCUACAAGAUCAUUGGUUCCCUGGAGAUUCUGGGAAAUCCCCUUGCAUUGAUAAGUGGCUUACGAAAAGGUGUUCAGUCAUUUGUCGUUGAAGUGGCGGAUAUGAACCCUGCGAAGGGUGCCCGCGAACUUCUUCUUGCAACCACCUCCUCGACAUUGCACACGGUUGGUCUUCUCUCCCGUGUAGGCAGCCGGACGGCGGCAACUCUAUCGUGGGACAAUGACUGGCUUGAAACAAGGGAAGAGGAUGAGCGAAGUAAUGAUACGUUGAAUCGAAGCGGUGUCUUGUGGGGUAUGGCGCAGGGACUCCGUGACGGUAUUGAGGGCGUUGUCGCUCGCCCACUGAGCGGCGCACGAACCGCCGGUCUGUCUGGGUUUUGUACGGGCAUUGCAGCCGGUGCAGUAGGACUACUUACACGGCCUAUUGCGGGAGUAUUGGAUGGAUUUGGUAACACCGCGGAAUUUUACUCCAAGUUAUUGCAGGCACAAGAUGCGAUCCCCAACGCGCAUCUCAACUACCUCCAGAGUGAGCGCAAUUUUGUCGCAGCCGUCGUCGCAAAUCUCAACAAGGAGAUCCCUGCUGCUGACACGUCCGCAACGGACAGUGUGACGAAUUCCGUCUCAGUGGCACCUGCCAGUACUUCCACUGGGCUUACUGCUGCGUUUGGUAAAUGUUUGGCGUAUCUGGGGAGCAGCAAGAAAUGGACCACAGAUAGCUGCGAGUUUGUAUCCCAGGUAGCGUACGAAUCAAUCAGGCUGCAUGCGAAGCUAGAGGGGCUUCAAGGCGAAGAGUUUACGCGAUUUAUCAAGGAUGCCGCUGGCGUUCAUAAUUAUGCUCUUUACGCCGAUUGGGACUCCUUUGUGGCGCACACCACGCCGGAGGAAUUCUACAACUGGGUACAUAUUGCACUUGCAGCUGCUCUUGGUAAAGAAAUGAAAUCUUUUCUUUUGAGUGGUGAGUUUAGUGAAAGUACGUCAACCCGAUUAAAAGUUCUGCCGUUUUGUGAGCCGUUUUUCAGCACCCAGCAAAGGCAUGAGGCAGCUGCAGCAUUGGAGCGGGCAGAAGUAAUUAAAAACACCCUUGGUGUGCGAGAUUUACUCAAGUACGUUUCGCUUGAGCACAUGGUUAUGGUGUGUUCACUGGACGAAAUAAAGCAUCACGUCUCUCCCGAGAGUAUUCACGGGAAGCUGCCUCAGUUAAUCCUUGCCACUGCAAGAGAGUCGCUGAGAUUUAUUUUUUUUGGUGGAAUUGAAGAACAACUUCUCGUGUGA